AUGAAGAUUGCGUGUCUGCAGUUCGACCCUCAGAUAGGGAAGGUUCAAGACAAUAUCCAUAAGGCGGAUGAGAUACUUGGGAAUGUUCUGGGGACCGAAGACAUCCAAGAAAAAGUCGACGUCCUGGUCCUACCUGAGUUGGCCUUCACAGGGUAUGUCUUCGACUCGAAAGCAUCUAUCAGACCAUACCUAGAGCGCACGACAUCAGGGAUUAGCACCCAAUGGGCCCAGCAGACUUCUCGGAGACUUCGAUGCUACACCGUCGUUGGGUAUCCUGAGCUGGCGAAUGAAUACAGGCCACCUAGCCGAUAUCCGAGGGUUUCUGACCCGUUUUCUGAGACUUCCAUCGACGCCACCGAUGAAGACAACGAUGAUGACACUAUUCAGAACUACUGCUAUAAUGCAUGCGUAGUUACAUCGCCUGAUGGAGAGGUGUUGAUGAAUUAUCGUAAGACAUUUUUAUAUGUUACAGACGAGUGCUGGGCAUCCGAAGGCUCCUGUUUCGGUACGACAACUUUCACCUUCCCUACCAAUCCUACGUCUCCAACUUCUCCAAAAAAGGAGAUCACCGUCGCUUUAGGAAUCUGUAUGGACUUGAACCCUUACAAAUUUGAAGCCCCCUUCGAAGCCUAUGAGUUCGCAAAUCAUAUCAUAUCCUCGGGUGCCCAGUUGGCAAUCGUUCCGAUGGCCUGGGAGACGAAGGACCCUUAUGAUGACUCGAGACUACAGAGGAAUGCAAAGGUUAUGCAUCAUAGUACAGUUAACUACUGGUCUAUAAGGUUGGAACCUUUGUUUGGGACUGCAAAUCCGGAAAGCGAAGGGUGGGUCCGUACGGAUAAGAAGACGGUUGAUGGGACGGAUUGGGAAUGGGAGUACCUUGGGGAUGACAAGUGGGGGAGGGUUUAUACCAAGGAGCAAGAGAAGCUUGUGUUUGUGACUUGUAAUAGAACUGGAAGGGAGAAUGGGACGUUGUUUAUGGGGAGCAGUGUUAUUAUGAGUAUUAAGAAGAAGUCGGUUGAUGCGCCUAGAUGUGGCAAUUUGGAGAAUUAUCAGGCGAUGGGGAUAGCGGAGGAAGGGCUGAUGAUCGCUGAGGUUGAUAUUUGA